AUGUAUCGCAAGCGCAUGCAAGCAAAUCAAGUGAGUUACUCUCUCGCCAAGAGAAACUUUCUAGACGUUCUGGCCCAACGUUCGACUGCACCCAAGCACCCCGCACAGCACAAAAAGCCGAGAGCACGCACCUCGCACGGCUCUAAGCCAUACGGACCCAUCUCGGCAUUCGCAUUCUCCUCUCUCGAAGAACUCACUCAGCUAACGAGGUUCCCAUCAGCAGCCCGGCGAAAGUUGGCCAAACUUGUUUUGUCCCCUCCAUCUCGGCAAGCAUAUCAUAGAGUACAACACUUAUCCAUCUCGGCAUACCUUCACGGCACCAGAACAGGCGGACUGCAACGUCAAACUAAACUCGGUGAAGAUCAAAACCCUAUCAUUCGUCCCGUCGAAGUCGAAAAUGGUCGCGUCAACACGAACAAUGGUCGCGUCAACACGGACAACGGUCGCGUCCACCCUCUAUUGGUCCCAGACGCAGAAGCUCCAGUCACCAAAGCCGCGACUACCGCACCCAUGCAAGAUUUUGCUGUUCAAAUCGCCGAGACGCAAGCUCCACAUCACCAAAGGCGGACGAGUUAUCCCUACUGGACGAACCCUCUUCCAGACGACGACAAGAAGCAUCACGACAACAAGCUCUAG